AUGGCUCCCCAGCAGAGCAUUGACCCGCAGAUGGCCGCGUUCCUUGAGGAGGAGAAGCGCAAGGCGAUGUUCAACGAGGUGGUCGCGAAGCUCGCGGAUGUGUGCUUCGAUAAGUGCGUCUCCAAGCCGGGCGCGAGCCUGGACAGGUACGAGAGCGCGUGCCUGUCGCAGUGCGCCCUCAGGUACCUCGAAACCGGACAACUCAUCAUGUCGAGGAUCUCUGGAGGGAGUAUGAACUAG